CGCGUGAAUCAGUUGAGAAAAGCCGUCUUCUACACGCGCAUCAAAUUACAACAACGAGAAGAAAAAGGAAAAAAAAGAAGCGAACAAAAAACCCCGCCCAAAAAGGCGAUUUUUUAUUGCUCAGUUAUUGAUCAGUUGAGCUGAUAACGUAGUUCGUGAUGCGUGUGAACUGCUUGGGAAUUAUUUGGCUAUUGACCGCGUGUCAAAUGCAACAAGUGCUCGCUGAAGAAACUAUCUCCGAUUAUAUAAGAAAAUGCUGUCUGAGUGGAUUGAGAAAUGCUCGAACUACAAAUGAGUGUGGAAAUAUGGAAAACUCAAUUGGAAAACAACAGAUUCCUCAGGCCUGGCUGGGAUUGUGUUAUUCCACAUUUGGCGUUUGCUGUGCGGGUCAAUUGAACAGGGAGCACUGUAAACAGGGUCGCCUGGCCGCCCUAAAGGGCACAUCCUGUGACAAGGAUUCAAAUACCUCCUCCUACACGGAUUGCUGUCGCGCCUGCCAGGUUGGCAUGCAGGUCAAAGUUAGUCAUCAAAAUUGCAGAGAUCCCCUCUUCUCAUUUGUAUCAAAUAUAAAAUCCUAUCGCAUCUGUUGCACCGGAAACGAUGUUGAGGAGUCUGGUGAAGAAUGCGAGCGAGGUGAAAACAAUAACAUCGAGCUGGAAAAGGCGGCUAAAGCGGGCGAGGAGGAGGCGAACGAGGGUGACGAGAGCAAAGAGAAUGCAGAUGGAACAAUUGUGCUAACAGCUGAUGAUGAUAUCUGCGAGAAAAUGUCAAAUUUGUGCGAACACAUAUGCGAAAGCACCUUCGAUGCUUACAAAUGCAGCUGUAAUCCCGGCUUUAAGUUGGACGAUAAUAAUGUCACCUGUUCCCCGUUGAAAAGUGAUAUCUGUCCGAGUGGUUUUAUUUUGGAUUUGAAGCAAAGCCGUUGUGUGGACAUCGAUGAAUGCAUUGAGGAGUUGCACGAGUGCAAAACAACACAAUAUUGCCAUAAUACCCACGGUGGUUAUCAUUGCCUCAAUCGGUCCAAAGAUUGUCUGGAGGGCUAUCAAUACAACGUGAAGUCAAAUGAAUGUGAAGAGAGUUUAACAUGUGAAAUCGGUUACUAUUUCGAUGGGAAUAUUUGCGCCGAUAUCGAUGAAUGUACUGCGAAUGGCACCAAAAACACAUGCAAAACGGAGGCGCGACAGGAGUGCAAGAACACCAUAGGCAGUUACUACUGUAGCUGUGUGGCCGGCUACAGUUUGGAUGCGACACAAAAUACAUGCGUUGAUAUUAAUGAGUGCUCAAUUAAUAAUCACAACUGCCUGCCAACUCAGAGAUGUGAUAACACCAUCGGUUCAUACAUAUGCACGAGAUGGACUUCGUGUGGCACGGGAUAUACCCUCAAUGCCGAGUCAGGCAAUUGCGUUGAUGACGAUGAGUGUGCAUUGAAUACGCACAAUUGUUUGUCGGACUAUGAGUGUUUCAAUACCAAAGGCUCCUUUCGCUGCCAUAGAAAAACAACAACAACUACUACAACAACAACAACAACCUUGCCCAAAACGACAACAACAUCAGAAAAUCCUUCGCAUUAUAUCUACAAUCGAUUGGAUUACACGCCAAACUAUCAAAUGCGACGACCCUGUUCGACUGGCUUCCAGCGCAAUCAUCUCGGCGCCUGUGUUGACAUCAAUGAAUGCAACGAGUUUAAAGCAUGCAACAGCCACGAGCGUUGCAUUAAUACAAAUGGCUCGUAUCGUUGUGAGAGUUUGCUGCAAUGUCCCGCCGGCCUGAAAUCGACGACAGAUGGCACCACUUGCAUUGACAUUGACGAGUGCGAGACGGGCGAUCAUAGCUGUGGAGACAAUCAGUUGUGCCAGAAUCGUCAUGGUGGUUACAUUUGUGCCUGUCCCGCCGGUCACCAGGUGUCGCGUCAGCCCGAUGGGACCAACAGCUGUGCGGAUAUCGAUGAGUGUGACCAUAGUCAGGCGGUGUGUUCAUCGAAUGCAAAUUGCUACAAUACAAUCGGUUCGUAUUAUUGUGAGUGCAAGACGGGCUUUCAAAAGAAGGCGCAUCAUGGGCAUCAAGCCGAUAGUUGGCCAAAUCAUUCGCAGUGCUUCGAUGUCGAUGAGUGCCAAUCAAUACCCGGUUUGUGUCAACAGAAGUGCAUCAAUUUCUGGGGCGGUUAUCGCUGCGCCUGCAAUCCUGGCUACGAGCUGAGCUCCGAUAAUCGCACCUGCAACGAUGUCGAUGAAUGCGAAAUGCACAAGAAUUUCGAUUACAAAUUGUGCAUGGGCUUUUGCAUUAACACGGCUGGAUCGUAUCAGUGUUCGUGUCCCCGCGGCUACACUUUGAAUGCCGAUCAGAAAACCUGUCGUGAUAUCGAUGAAUGCGAAACGAGUAGUCAGCACCAUGUGUGCACGGGCAGGACCGACAUUUGCACAAAUGUACGUGGCAGCUACAAAUGCACCACUAUCAAUUGUCCCCUUGGCUAUAUCAACGAUCCCGAUCAAAAGAAUCGCUGCAGGCAGAAGAGCAACUUUUGCGAGGGCGAAGAGUGUUAUACGAAACCCUCGGCACUUACCUAUAAUUUCAUUACUUUCGUAUCGAAAUUAAUGAUACCCCCCGAGGGACGUACAAUUUUUACUCUCCGUGGACCUAUUUGGUAUGAUGAUAUAGAUUUCGAUCUAAAAGUAGCUCGAGUUCAAGCGGCAGGCAAUGUGGAAAGGGCAACAGUGGCUUACUUUAACACUUUGAAGACAAAAAAUCAAGUGGAUUUGGUUUUAAAGCGCGCCUUGGAAGGACCACAGGAUGUUGAGCUUGAAUUGAGCAUGACAGUGUUCACUAACGGCAUGCCACGCGGCAAAAGUGUUGCAAAACUUUUUCUCUUUGUCUCCCAAUACAUAUUCUGAAAUGGAACAAAUUACUUACAGUUGUAAUAUGUAAAGAAUCUUUUAAACUUUGAUUAAAUAUUGUACGUUUUUA